GUGAUCCGGAAGAGAAAAAUGCCACGUCAGCAAAAACCCAACCAGAAUGUCGUUUGGGAGUUUCCUCAGUCACUCAAAGAGCCUCGGUCCAUAAGCUCCUCAACUUCUUCUUCCCCCUAUCCUCUCUCUCUCUCUGUGACUUCAUGGACAUGACCUUAUCUUGCAAACCCCAAACCAUAACCCUGCUCACAUGGAAUCCACUCCCUUCGUCCUCCUCUUCCAAGCUCCGAUCCAUGCGCGGGGAAUUCCUUGGGUGCUUGCACACUCUCAGGCCGCCACCAGCAGCAGCUCUUCGGACGCGAAGAAAACUCUCGAGAGCAGGGCUUGGUCUCCAUUCUCCGAGAUUUCUCUUCAGAGCUUCUCUGAAUUCUCACUCUUCGUUUCUCGUAGUCGUUCUUGCCGCAUUCGCCUUCUCUGUCGUCUUCUUGAAGCACUAUAGAAGAAAGAAGAGUGAUAAAGAGGUGCCAAGGCCUCCCGAUUUUGCGUUAUUUAAAGUAGGACAAGAUAUUAUGAACUGGAUUUUUGAAAGUCAGAUUCUUGGGUUUGGGGAGCUUGGUGAGGGAGAAGAAAGAAAAUGGUUUCGACAUAUAAUUGCAGAGAACAGCCAUACUUCUGCGGAUAAAGAGGCUCCAUUGCUAUCUCAGACCCCUGCUUUGAUGGUCGGCGAGGUUACUGUCAGUAAAACAUUACUGCCACCUGGUUGUGACGUUCUCACAACAUUUAAUUCUAGUACUUCUUUCAAAUCGGAAGAAAAUGACGUUGGAGUUCCAUCAUUUUCCACAGCCAUAUUUGGCUCAUGUGCGCUUAAACCUCUUACUUCCACUGAAGAAAUGGCUACAUUGCAAGCGGAAGGAUCUGAAGUGGAAAUAGCUUCUAGUUUGGAGUUGCCUACACUAAUGGGUAAUAUCAAACUUAGUGCUGCUUCUGUUAACAUAAAUGAUUCACCUGCAGAAGUGAAUGAAUGCAACGAAGAAAAUGUUGAACAUGGUGAAGAGGGCAAAACCAUAAGCUAUGAUAUCUUUCUUGGAGAUUCGGCUAGAGAAGAGCUUUACAUGUUUUAUGAACCAAACGAGUCCAUGGAAAAAUCUAAAGCGAGUUCAAGUGCUUCAAAAUCAUUUUCUCAUCAUGCCUAUCUUUUGAAUGGAAAUAAAUAUUCUUCGUUGACGAGGAACACUGCACCAAAGAAAUCGGAAUUAUCAACAGAGAUUUCUCUUCAGGCUGCAGAAUAUGUGGAUGGAAAAGUUCCUGUUGCAAAUUACAAAGAAGGCCUUCCCUACAGAAGAAGAGAUUCUGGAAAAGGCAAUGGAUUUCCAAGGGACAGAAAGAUUAGAAAUUUGAAUAAAAAAGUUUAUCAAAGUUUUCCCCUGUUACCCCACCCACAUGGGAUGAUUAGAAAUCUGAAUGACAAAAAUGAUCAAAGUUUUCACCAGUUACCCCACCCAAAUGGGAUGCAAGUUACUGACGGAAAGCAUCUUUCUGAACAACUUAGCGCUUACAAUCGAUUGCUAAGAGCUGGAAGGUUGACUGAGUGUGUGGAGCUGCUUGAAGACAUGGAAAGAAAUUCUUUAUUGGAUAUGAAUAAGGUCUAUCAUGCAAGGUUUUUUGAAAAGUGCAAAAGUCAAAAGGCUGUUAAUGAAGCUUUUCGUUACACCAAGCUGAUUCCAAACCCAACAUUGAGUACGUUUAAUAUGCUCAUGUCUGUGUGUGGGAAUUCUCAAGAUUCCGAAGGAGCUUUCCAAGUUCUGCGACUUGUCCAGGAGGCUGGACUGAAAGUGGAUUGCAAACUUUACACUACUUUGAUCUCAACCUGUGCCAAAAGUGGGAAAGUUGAUCUGAUGUUUGAAGUGUUUCAUGAGAUGGUUAAUGCUGGAGUAGAACCAAAUGUUCAUACAUAUGGAGCCCUUAUUGAUGGUUGUGCCAGAGCAGGUCAAGUGGCUAAAGCAUUUGGUGCUUAUGGGAUAAUGAGGUCUAAGAACGUGAAGCCAGAUCGAGUUGUGUUCAAUGCACUUAUUACUGCAUGCGGUCAAUCAGGGGCAGUGGAUCGAGCUUUUGAUGUGUUAGCUGAAAUGGGGGCUGAGACACAGCCUAUAGAUCCUGAUCACAUCACUGUCGGUGCUUUAAUAAGGGCGUGUGCAAAUGCUGGUCAGGUUGAUCGGGCACAAGAAGUAUAUAAGAUGAUUCAUCAAUAUAACAUUAAGGGCACUCCAGAGGUUUACACCAUUGCUGUUAAUUGUUGCGGUGGUGAUUGGGGUUUUGCUUGCAGAGUAUACGACGAUAUGACUAGGAAGGGUGUAGUCCCUGAUGAGAUGUUUCUCAGUGUAUUAAUAGAUGCUGCAGGGCAUGCUGGAAAGCUGGAUGCCGCCUUUGAAAUUUUAGAAAAAGCUAGGGAUCAAGGAAUAAACAUUGGAAUUGUAGCAUAUAGCUCUUUGAUGGGAGCCUGUAGCAAGGCCAAAAACUGGCAGAAAGCAUUGGGUCUAUAUGACGACCUCAAAUCUAUGAAAAUGAGGCAAACUGUUUCAACAGUGAAUGCUUUGAUCACUGCCCUGUGUGAUGGAGAUCAGUUACAGAAAGCUAUGGAAGUUCUAUCCAAUAUGAAGGGACUGGGCUUGUCCCCCAACUGUAUCACCUAUUCCAUACUUCUAGUGGCAAGUGAAAAGAAGGAUGAUCUAGAUGCAGGCCUCAUGCUCCUCUCUCAAGCCAAAAGGGACAGAAUUAGCCUCAAUCCUGUUAUGUGUAGAUGCAUAAUUGGUAUGUGCCUACGGCGAUUUGUGAAGGCAUGUACACUUGGUGAACCUGUUGUGUCUUUUGACUCAGGGCGGCCACAAGUUGACAAUAAAUGGACAUCAGUAGCCUUAAUGGUGUACCGUGAUGCAAUGGUUGCUGGUGUAAUGCCUACCAUGGAAGUUCUAUCACAAGUUUUGGGAUGCCUGCAUCUUCCGUAUGAUGCGUCGUUGCAAGACAAACUCAUUGAGAAUCUAGGAGUGAGUGUUGACGUUUCAAGAUGCUCAAACCUCUAUUCAUUAAUAGAUGGGUUUGGAGAAUACGACCCUCGUGCCUUUUCAAUAGUCGAGGAAGCUGCUUCACUUGGAAUUGUUCCAUGUGUAUCCUUAAAAUCAAAUCCUGUUGUUGUUGAUGUAAGAAACUUGCAGAUUCAUACUGCUGAGGUCUACCUCUUAACUGUUUUGAAAGGUCUCAAGCAUCGGCUUGCUGCUGGUGCGAAGUUACCGAACAUAACUAUUUUACUGCCUUCGGAAAAGACACAACUUCUGUCUCCCAAGGGGGAAAGGACAAUCAAUCUUGCAGGAAGGGUUAGCCAGGCAGUUGCAGCAUUACUAAGAAGACUUGGGUUACAGUACCAAGGGAAUGAAUCAUACGGAAAAAUCAGAAUCAAUGGGUUAGUCUUGAGAAGAUGGUUUCAGCCGAAGCUUGCUCCUCCUUUCAUGGGGAAACCAGGAGAUUGGAGCUCAUCCCAGUCACGACUUGGAAAAGGAAUCACCCAUCAACAGCGUGACAUUCGAACUGGAAAUCUAUCCUCGGAGUAAGGUGGGAAUACCACUGCAUUCCUACUAGGAGAUAGCUCCACAGAAUCUUAUGCAGUUUUCCUAGCAGAAGCCAAUGCCAUUAACAGUUUAGUCAAUGACUUAGUUUAGUCAAUGGCUUUCCUAAGCCUAACUUGGCACUCCAUUUUUCAAAGUUUGGCACCCGUUUGUAAACGUAGUUAGUGCCUUCUUUCUACAGAUCACUGAAGAGAAAGCGAUGCGAGAUUAGGAGCGUAAAGCAAUUUAGCCUUCUUUGAUAUAUUAAAAAAAAGGACAGGAUUGCACCGUUAUCUUCAAUUUGAGAUGUAUGUAGACUUGCUAGGCGUUAUGAGCUUUAUAACACUAUUUAUUCACUGCCUUUGCAGUUGGCUGAAGCUUCGAUGAUGGCCUCUUUAAUGGGGACAUUACGAGCUUAAAUAAAAUUGAGUUGUUACGUCA